GAAGCUGUAUUUUCACCUUUGGCACCAAAUCCCCUGUUCCUCCACCCACCCAAUCAUAGCUCAACACAUCAUAACUUGUUGGACAAUGUUGCCCCUCUUUGUCACCUGGGUAGCCCUUUUAACCCCAAGAUCUAUUGAAUAGAUAAGAGGUUAAAGCUGCUGGUGAAUGAGUACCUCUCUAUCUCUAGUGGCUAUAAAAAAAGAUUGGUCCUCUUUCCUUGGCCUCCCCUUUUGUUUGUUCAUUAUCCUCUUCUCCCACAGUUUCAUUCCCAGCAGAGAGAGAGAGAGAGAGAUGGGAAAUUGCCAAGCCAUUGAUGCAGCAACACUUGUGAUACAACACCCAAGUGGGAAAGUUGACAAACUAUAUUGGCCUGUGACUGCUAGAGAGAUCAUGAAGAUGAAUCCUGGUCAUUAUGUUGCUCUUCUUAUCUCCACCACCAUGGUUACACCGAAUGAAAGUUCUAAUAACAAUGAAACCAGCAAGGUUGAGAAAAAGGAGAAUGAAGCCAGAAAGGUUGAGAAAAAGGAGAAUGAAGCCAGAAAGGUUGAGAAAAAGGAGAAUGAAGGCAGUAGUAAUUCGGUUCGUUUAACUAGAAUCAAGCUUCUUCGCCCAGCUGACACGCUUGUUCUUGGCCAAGUUUACAGGCUCAUCACUUCUAAAGAGGUUAUGAGUGGUUUAUCCGCAAAGAAACAAGCAAAGGUUAAACAAAGCCAGUUAGAAGCCGCUGAGAAGGCAGGGAGGAGGAAAGAACGUGCAGCCAGAGGCUCAGAUUCAGCAGCCACCGCCGCAGCUGGAAGAUCUGUAUCUGAAGAUCCUUUUCAGGCGACCAAACACGAGAAGAACAACAGACCAAGGACAAGUACAUCGACAACCUCGGCCAUAGCCAGGUCAAGAACAUGGCAACCUUCAUUACAUAGCAUCUCAGAAGCUGGUAGCUAAUCAUUUAUGUUCCCUAUUUCCCACAUGCUAUUGAGAGACAGGGUGGCACAGAUUGUCCAAGGCUCUUUAAACUUCUCCAAAGAGGGAAAAAAAAAAAAAAAAAAAAAAACAACAGAAAAAGCAGAAAACUGGAGAAAGUGAAAACAAAUAAAGAUGAGAAGCCAAAUGAGCUUUUUAAUUCAAGAAGAGAAAUUCCUUCAAGAGCAGAUCUGGAAGCAAAACAGCAUAAAACCGUGCAUAGGAAAAGCAGGGUGGGUAACAUCUUUGUAAAUUCAAAGUCCUUUUCAGUAAUGGCUAUUGGUCAUUGUGCAAAAUGAGCUCUGUUUUGAUUACCACUCUGUUUCAUCUGUUUUAGCAGAAUAGAAUAGACAAGUGCUUGUGCUUA